UCUGAGGAAGUAUACCAUCUUUAAGUCUCCUCUGCCGCUGUUGUCCGGGGCUGGUUGGAACAAAGGCCACUCUCAGAGAUGGGGCUCCAGUGAUCUGAAUGGAUGGCUGCAUUGAUUGGUCAGUGGAUCUCAAGACAUACAUGGCUUUGGCAGGUGAACCAGUUCGAGUGAAAUGUGCCCUUUUCUACAGUUAUAUUCGCACCAACUACAGCAUGGCCCAGAGCACUGGGCUCAGGCUCAUGUGGUACAAAAACAAAGGUGAUCUGGAAGAGCCCAUCAUCUUUUCAGAGGUCAGAAUGAGCAAAGAGGAAGAUUCAAUAUGGUUUCACUCAGCUGAAGCACAAGACAGUGGAUUCUAUACUUGUGUAUUAAGAAACUCGACAUAUUGCAUGAAGGUGUCUAUGUCCUUGACUGUGGCAGAGAAUGAAUCAGGCCUGUGCUACAAUAGCAGGAUCCGCUAUUUAGAAAAAUCUGAAGUCACUAAAAGAAAGGAGAUCUCCUGCCCAGAUAUGGAUGACUUUAAAAAAUCCGAUCAGGAGCCUGAUGUUGUGUGGUACAAGGAAUGUAAGCCAAAAAUGUGGAGAAGCAUAAUAAUACAGAAAGGAAAUGCUCUUCUAAUUCAGGAAGUUCAAGAAGAAGAUGGAGGAAAUUACACUUGUGAACUUAAAUAUGAAGGAAAACUUGUAAGACGAACAACUGAAUUGAAAGUUACAGCUUUACUCACAGACAAGCCUCCCAAGCCAUUGUUCCCCAUGGAGAAUCAGCCAAGUGUUAUAGAUGUCCAGCUGGGUAAGCCCCUGAACAUCCCUUGCAAAGCAUUCUUUGGAUUCAGUGGAGAAUCUGGACCUAUGAUCUACUGGAUGAAAGGGGAGAAGUUUAUUGAAGAACUGGCAGGUCACAUUAGAGAAGGCGAAAUAAGGCUCCUCAAAGAACAUCUUGGAGAAAAAGAAGUUGAGUUGACACUCAUCUUUGACUCUGUGGUGGAGGCUGACCUGGCAAAUUAUACCUGCCAUGUAGAAAACCGAAAUGGAAGGAAACAUGCCAGUGUUCUCCUGCGUAAAAAAGAUUUAAUCUACAAAAUUGAGCUGGCAGGGGGCCUGGGAGCUAUAUUCCUCCUCCUUGUACUGCUUGUGGUCAUCUACAAAUGCUACAACAUUGAGUUGAUGCUCUUCUACCGACAGCAUUUUGGAGGUGAUGAAACUACCGAGGACAACAAAGAGUAUGAUGCCUAUCUCUCUUACACAAAACUGGACCAAGAUACUUUAGACUGUGAAAAUCCUGAAGAAGAGCAAUUUGCUCUUGAAAUACUGCCAGAUGUCCUGGAAAAACACUAUGGAUAUAAACUUUUCAUCCCAGAAAGGGACCUGAUUCCAAGUGGAACAUACAUUGAAGAUCUCACAAGAUGUGUUGAGCAAAGCAGAAGACUUAUUAUCGUGCUAACUCCAGACUAUAUUCUCAGACGGGGAUGGAGUAUUUUCGAAUUGGAAAGCAGACUCCAUAACAUGCUAGUCAGUGGAGAAAUCAAAGUGAUUUUGAUUGAGUGUACAGAAUCAAAAGGGAAGGUGAAUUGCCAGGAAGUGGAAUCACUAAAGCGCAGCAUCAAACUUCUGUCCCUGGUCAAGUGGAAGGGACCCAAAAGCAGCAAAUUAAAUUCUAAGUUUUGGAAGCACUUAGUAUAUGAAAUGCCCAUCAAGAAAAAAGAAAUGCUAUCUCAGUGCCAUGUUCUGGACUCUGCAGAACAAGGACUUUUUGGAGAACUGCAGCCUAUACCCUCUAUUGCCAUGACCAGUACCUCAGCUACUCUGGUGUCACCUCAAGCUGAUAUCCCUGAUUUCCACCAUUCAGAUUCAAUGCAAAUGAGGCACUGUUGCAGAGGUUAUAAACAUGAGAUGACAACCACGACCUUGCCAGUACCUUCCUUAGGCAACCAGCACACUUACUGUAACCUGCCUCUGACACUACUUAAUGGACAGCUACCCCUUAAUAAUGCCCUGAAGGAUACCCAAGAAUUUCAUAGGAACAGUUCCCUGCUACCGUUAUCAUCCAAAGAGCUUAGCUUCACCAGUGAUAUUUGGUAGCGAAAAAUCUGAAUUCUUCUGCACAGCUAUGUGAGCAUACAGAAUUUCUGCUGUUCCAAGCAUAAACUACAUCUAAUAUCACUGAGGUUCUGAAAAAGUGUUUGAAGAUAAAGGCACAGAAAUUGCUUUUAUACUUAAAUAUUUUUAUUUAAAUUUCCAGAAUAGUUGGGGGUGGGGGGAGGAUCAGCUUUUGUAGUAGGGUACCUUGUUCCAAUGCACAAUUUUGAUUUCUUCCUGAAAAAAAAAUCUUGUUUUAGAGUAGGUUUUAAUGAACCACAUGGACUGGAAAGCUUAAUAGGUGAGCUAUCUUUCUCAUAUUUAUUAAUAUUUAAGUAUUUAUACAGUAUUUAAAAUAAGGAAAACUUUAAAAAUUUAAUUGAAUUUGAAAAUUCUGAACUAAGUUUAAGGGGGAAAGGGAACUUAUAUAGAGUAACUGAAAAAUUAGGAAUUAUCAGGAAAGCUUUAUUGAGGCACCCCAAUUGGAAGACUGUUUUUAGGGGAAGAUCAGAUGAGAUAAUAUGUGAUUGAAAUGUUUGGAACAUCUUCAACUUAAUGGACAACUUCUGUAAACUAAAUAAUCAUCUCAUAAUAACAGCUUUUAGUUUUAUUAAGCAAGCACAUCUUCUGUAGGCAAAUUGGUAGGUAGGUAAACACUGUGCAUUUCUUAAGCAAAUGAAUAGACAGACUGUACAAGCUGUUUUAAGAUAAUUUUGAACAACCCAUAUGACUUUUUAGCUAAUUUCAAAAGUUUUACAACUAUGAAAACACAUUUUAAGGUUCACAGUUCAUUUUUUUCCUAACAAACUCACAUUUGGAUUUUUUUUUCCCCAAAUGAUCUCUUAACCUGCAAUAAGCUCUGUGCAAAUAUGUGAGCAUCUUCCUACUUUUGUUAAGCAUUGUUGGAGUUUGAAUUUAAAUACAUAACGACUGCAAGUGUCAGCAAUAGAA